AUGAAUAUGGACCCGUGUGAAAAGUCUGCUUUGCACAUCUGCGAAGAAGGCAUUCAGAAGAUCAAUGAAUCUGCCAAUCGCCUGGAGAAGCCUGUGAUUACCUGGUCCUUGCUCGUAGAUCUAGACGGUCUUUCUAUGCGACAUCUGUGGCGUCCAGGCAUCAAAGCUCUGCUUUACAUAAUUGAUACUGUGGAACGCAAUUAUCCAGAGACCAUGGGACGUGUUUUAGUAGUGCGGGCACCCAGAGUGUUUCCCAUUACCUGGACCAUUGUUAGCGCUUUUAUCGAUGAGCACACGCGAUCUAAGUUUCUGUUCUAUGGUCCCGACUUCGCGCAUAUGAAAGAUGGUUUAGCCCAGUACCUCGACGGGGAGGUAAUACCUGACUUCUUGGGAGGACCCUGCAAGACCAUGAUUCACGAGUGCGGACUUGUACCCAAAACGCUUUACAAGAUGAACUCGCUGGAUGAUCAUGGGGACGAAGUGCCUGUAGAACUGCCCAUCAUUAUUGAAGUGCUGGCUCCGGGCAUCCACCAGCACGACCAUAAAAACCUGUACAAGAGCGUGGAUCUAAAAGCCGGAUUUAGCCACGAGCUGCUCAUCCGGAACGAGGACCCUAAGAGUGUCCUUACUUGGGACUUUGAUGUAAUCCGCAACGACAUGCACUUUACGCUUUACCGGAUCACCCAGGAGCUUCCGGAGAAGAAAGGUGAAUGA